UGGCAAGCCUCUGGCUCUUCCUUUUUCCUCCCUCCCUUCCCGCCUUUGACCCAGUAAACCGAGAACAAAAAAUCCUUGACCGACCGGGGCUGCUGUUUUCUUCCUCCUUCUCACAACUCCAUCACCCGCAUCCGCAUUCAGCAUCAGCAUAAUAGCCCGUCUUCUCUGACGCCCAUCGCCCGCCUCGCGUUUCGCAGCCUCUGCCCCCGUUCUUGGAGUUUUGCCUCGUCUGCGGUCUUUGUGCCCUGCCUCUUUUUCUUAUUAUCUCUUAACUUGAUACCCCCAAACCGACGCUCAAGAUGCGAUCCUCCGCUGUUCUCGUUGCCGUCGCCGCUGCUCUGGUGUCGGCCCAGGUCCCGACCUACAAGAGCUCUCUUAACAUGACUAUUGAUCCCAACACUGUUGCCCAGCAGCAGCGAGCCGUUUGGUGCCAGGCCCAGACCAACACCUGCCAGGUUCUUUGCGACAACAACGCCGAUGACAACGACUGCGACCAGGCUACUCUCAAGUACGACUGCACGUGCGCCUCCAACAGCUCGGCUCCUGGUCUCCAGUACUACACCCAGACGCUGCCCACCUUCAUCUGCGAGCAGCUCUACGCCAACUGCAUUCAGACCAACGCCGGCAACCAGGACGGUCAGCGUGCCUGCAAGAAUAACAUCCAGAAGCUGUGCGCCACCCAAAACCCUCCCACCGCCGCCGAGAUCAGCAGCGCCGAGGACCAGAGCACCGCGGCCGCCACUGCCACCACCAAGGCUGCCUCUACUCACCAUGCCGCGACAACCACUGGCGCCCAGACUGCCAGCAGCGCCGCCCAGUCGACCACCUCCAGCGGCUUCGCUGCUGCUACCCUGGGCCCUGCUGGCUCUGGUGCCUUUGCCAUCGCUGCCGGUAUCAUGGCCUACAUGCUCUAG